AAGUCCAAAUGACACGUUGUAAAUCUCAAAAGCUUAUCGAGAAACUUGUUCCAGAUAUAGAAGCUUUCAAAGUCUUCUAAAUUAAUCAAAAAUGGCGGAUUUGUACGCGUCUAAUUGCAAUCUAGAUCAGUUUAACACGUCAAAUUCCAACCAUCACAGCCGUAAAAUGUGUGGGAUGACCAAAGAGAUAAGAAGAAAACGUGCCAGAGACAGCUAAUUGGACGGAAGAAGAUUCAGAGUCCGCUGAUUCAACACAUAUCAUCACUAUCGGAUUUGAUGACGACGAUCUGUAAAACUAUAGGCGUUGGCACAUGAAAUUGACCGUAAAAUAAACAGAAAGAAUCUGAUAAUUUGUGAAUUUGAUUGUGCAACGGCUUUGAAAACAAAGUUUGUUAAAGCAUAGCCUAUAUAAUUGGUGGAGCAGGGUAUCUAGGUUUUGGCUUUUUUCAAAGCUUACGGUUUCUUCUGACGUUUCCUUAUCUCGAAGAGGAAGAUUCUGGGAGGAAAGAUGUUUAUAUAUUGUGCAGCAACGCGGUCCUCAGCUGGCAGAGAGGCGAGGAGUUUAAGACGAGUUUAGUUUCAUCCGCAUUUCUAGGGUUUAUUUAUUGUAGGUUGUGAAAAUGGCUCCCUAUACUUGCCAGAACGGGAUGGGAAUAGGUUAUUGUGUGGAUGAUGGAAGAGAUUCUCUGGAACAUGUCGAUAAAAUGUUGCCUUUGCUUCAAAACGCUGAUCUUAAGGAUAAAGUCGUACUUCUCAGGGUGGAUCAUAACGUUGUAAAGAAAGGGAAGAUAUUGGACCAGUACCGAAUCGAUGUCACUUUGCCGACGAUGUACAAUAUUGUUGAAAGAGGAGGAAGAUUAAUUAUAAUGAGCCACAUCGGGCGUCCGUAUGAUAAAAAAACAAAGUCCAUCAAUAUAUCUGAAGAUGACUCGGUGGACGCAGUAGUCGCAUAUCUUCAGCGCAAGAUGCGAAUCCGAUUCGUCGUUCCGAAAUUUCGCACUACAGAAAAGGAGGGAAUUGUCGAUAUUGACACUUCAAUUAAUUGGCUCGUAAAAGACUUGAAAAGUCGGAAGAUUGGAGGAAUCUAUCUUCCAAAUACUCGCUGGUUUGCGGGGGAAGAGGACAAAGGAGAAAAGCUUCAAAGGUUUGUCUUGCAGUUGGCUGGGCUGGCAGAUGUCUUCGUCAACGAUGCAUUUGGUUCAUGGCAGGCUCAUGCAUCGACUUAUCAUAUUGCUAAAUAUCUUCCCUCAUAUGCAGGGUUGUGCAUGCAGGAUGAGUUGUGCCAUGUGCAAGCAGUUUUGACUCCUCGUAGACCUUUUGUAGCCAUUGUUGCUGGUGCUAAAUAUGAUACGAAAAUUGGUCCCUUGACCAAAAUUUACAACACAGUUGAUAAACUGGUCCUGGGUGGAGUAAUAUACAACACUUACCUUUGUGCCAAAUACGGUGUCAAGAUUGCUGGCGUACAGGAUUCAGAUAUUGAGUUGGCAAAAGAACUAGUUGAAAAGGAUAGAGAACAGAAAAAAAUUGUAGAGAUGAAUGCACUGGUAGAAACCGAUACAUUGGAAGGGAGAUUCGAAGGGAAAUAUCGCACAAUAAAUGUUAAGGAUUUUGCUGAAGCUCAAACAUAUAAGUAUGUAGUGGAUGUUGAUCCUAUCUCAUUUGAAUCUGGGGAUGUCAUGGAAGCAUUGAACUCAGCUAAGACAAUAUUUGUGAAUGCUGUGAUGGGAUUUAUGCCCCAUUUUUGGCAUGGUACAAGCAAAAUGGAUGAGGUCAUUGAUAAUAAUGUUCAUGCUCAGAAAUUCUUUGGAGGUGGUGAUACUUUACAAACUUUCAAAAGCCUGCACCCUGUAUUGUAUCAGGCUGCACUGGACAGUGUCAAUUACUACUUGUUCACAGGAGGUGGUACAGUACUGAAAGUUAUUGAGGAAGGGAAUCCAAUGGGAUUGGAGACUGUAAAAGCUCUCAUGCAAAGUAACUCAAAAUUGAACAAAGGGGACUAGAUAUCAUUUGUACUCAUGAGAAGAUCAUAAUUUUUGGAUGGUCGAUGAAAGUCACCAUCCCAAUCGAUUUAUUCAAUUCCUAAGCCCUGUUCCUAAGAUGAGAAGUUCAGUCUCAUCAUUUGAUGUCUACAAAUAAAUAUCAUAAAUAAUUAUACAUUCUAAUGUUGAUUAAUAAAGCCCUAGAGGAUUCUUUACAGGAAAUUGACUU